UGUCUGGGGAACUACUACGGCGCCGACUGUCUGACCUACUGCAGACCAGCCGAUGACUGUUCCGGCCACUACUCCUGUGACCCGGUCAGCGGACGUCGGGUUUGUCUGCCCGGCUGGACACGAGAAUCCAGCUGCACGGUCCGUGCUGUCAUUGACCCGUCCUGCGCGUGUCUGAACGGCGGGCAAUGUUUCCAAGGCGAGUGCUGUUGUCCCACUGAUUUCACCGGGCCUCGCUGUGAGCAAAGGGCGUUCUACUGUCCGCAGAUACAGUGUCAAAAUGGCGGAACUUGUUUUGAGGGAAUUUCUGGUUUCAGGUGCAGCUGCCCGGAGAUGUUCACAGGGGAGGUUUGCGAGACGAUGCUCUACCCGAACAGGAACUGUCCGCAAUAUUACUAUGGUCCUAGAUGUGACGUAUUCUGCCAGGAGAGCUUCGACUGCGGCGUCUCCAACGGGACGUACAACUGCCACGAGCUAACGGGACGCAAAGUGUGCAUGUUCGGAUGGUUGGGACCGGAUUGCGACGUCAGGGAUCCGGCAGCCGUGCACAGCGUGCCCUGCCCAAGGAGCACGUGCCGGAAUGGGGGCAUGUGCCUCAACACCACCUGCUGCUGCGCUCCCGGCUACACCGGGUCGCUGUGCCACGUCGAGAUCUUGGAAUGUGAGAGCAGCCCUUGUCUUAACGGCGGCACUUGCUCGGAUUUGAUCAACGGUUAUCUCUGCACGUGCGGGCCCGUAUUCUCUGGCUAUAACUGCGAGGAAGACCUCAGCAAACCUUUCGGUGGUAGUAUCAGUAAUGUCUCCACCACACCCUACCCAGUGGAUAACCCGUGUAUGCUGGCAAGCUGCUUAAAUCAGGGCACUUGCGUGGAUAAUGGAAAAUCAGAUUAUAUAUGCAUCUGUUCUGGUCGAAGUUAUGGGAAAAAUUGUGAGAAAUCAGCUCAAACCUCACCAAGCAAUCCAUUAUGUCCCGCCAAUAGGUAUGGGAAUGACUGCUCUGUCACCUGCAUAGAAGAGAACUCCACGAAAGGUCAUUAUUUCUGUAAUUCCGAAGAUGGCACACACAUCUGCAUGUCCGGCUGGGCUGGGGACAACUGUACAGAGAGAACAGUUCCAGUAAAUGUUGAUCCCGAGUGUCCGAUUCGCGGCACUGGUUGCCGAAAUAACGGAACUUGUUUCAACCGUACUUGUGUAUGUCCGUAUCCGUACGCCGGGAGCGUGUGCCAGGAGGAGAGAUUGGCGUGCAGCUCAUCGCCCUGUGGCCAGUUCGGCGUCUGCUUGGACAUUGCAUCGGGCUACAUGUGCCAGUGUAUUGCCGGCUAUUCGGGUAAAAGCUGCGAGGUAC